GGCGGUGGCGAGAGGUACCUCUAGUUUGUCCCAAGAACUGUCGCCGAUCGCCGCCACUGAGGACCGUUCGUCAUGGUCAAGUGCGCUACCAAGGGCUGUGACAAGCCCGCUUCAAUGCGAUGCCCCACUUGCAUCAAGAUGAACAUUGACAUCGGCUCCUUCUUCUGCUCCCAGGCUUGCUUCAAGGGGGCCUGGAACGAUCACAAGAUGACCCACAAAUUGGCAAAGCUGGCCAUUCAGCGUGCUACCUCCGAAAUGGCCGAGUCAGUGCCCAUGACCUUUCCUGGUUUCAAGUUUACGGGGCCCCUACGGCCUUAUGCCCAAUCGCCGCGCCGGCCCAUACCGCCCCACAUCGAGAAGCCAGACUACGCACUCCACCCACUUGGCGAGCCCAUUAGUGAGGUCCGCAACAAGUCUCAGUUGCGCCAGCUCUCCGCUGAGGAGAUUGAAAAGAUGCGGCACGUCUGCAAGCUGGGUCGCGAGGUGUUGGACGAGUGCGCCCGCAUCAUCAAGCCUGGCGUCACAACAGAUGAAAUUGAUGCCGUGUGCCACAAGGCCUGCUUGGAGCGUGACUGCUACCCUUCACCGCUCAACUACUAUCAAUUCCCCAAAUCCUGCUGCACUUCUCUGAACGAGGUCAUCUGUCAUGGCAUUCCCGAUGGAUAUCCCCUCAAGGACGGUGAUAUCAUCAAUGUGGACGUAUCGGUGUAUUAUCACGGUUACCACGCUGAUUUGAACGAGAUGUAUCUGGUUGGCGAAGUGGACGACGAAUCCUUCCGUCUAGUGAAGGUCGCCUACGAGUGCCUGUACCGCGCCAUUGCCAUGAGCAAACCUGGAGUGCGCUAUCGAGACUUGGGUAUGGUGAUUUCCGAGCACGCAGAGGCCAAUGGCUUUUCUGUUGUGCGCAGCGUUUGCGGUCACGGCAUCAACAACCUUUUUCAUUGCGCCCCCAAUGUUCCGCACUACGCCCGUAACAAGACGGCUGGCGUCAUGAAGCCAGGCCACACCUUUACGAUCGAGCCCUUGAUCAACGUGGGGACCUGGGAUGACGUGACCUGGCCGGAUAGCUGGACCAUCACCACCAAGGAUGGCAAGCGGUCAGCGCAGUUUGAGCACACUUUGCUGGUGACGGAGGACGGUGUUGAGAUUUUGACGGGCCGCAACCCUGACUCGCCUAGUACGUGA